AUCUCUGCUUUCAGGCUGGUGGUCUAAUCCUCAGGGGUAUGGAAACGCGCUCAGGCUUUCUGAAGAAACUAGUGUGGGCUUAAUGCCCUCAUUGUCCUUUCCCCAGCGUUCGUACCCACCCAUUUCCCCCUGUGGGUCCCCGGAGGCACAGCCCCCGUGCCCUGCCUCGGCGGGGCUCUGCGCGGCGGGCGAGCUGAGCUCAGUGGUACCCAGCCCAGCGCCGCGGCUGCAGCACGGCCCCAGCACCGCACCCGCGCCGCCGCGGCACAGAGGCAGAAGCACCGGGUCCCCGCAGGAGAAGGAGCGAGGCCGUUCCCUGAGCAUCCUCACGGCAUCAUGGCUCUCCAGGCUGACUUUGAUCAUGCUGCAGGAGAUGUAAGAAAACUAAAAACAACACCAACUGAUGAAGAACUGAAGGAACUAUAUGGAUUGUACAAACAGGCUACUAUUGGAGAUAUUAAUAUUGAAUGUCCAGGAAUGCUGGAUUUGAAAGGCAAAGCCAAAUGGGAAGCGUGGAACCUGAAAAAAGGUUUAUCAAAAGAGGACGCCAUGAAGGCCUAUAUCUCUAAAGCAAACGCAUUGGUAGAAAAAUAUGGGAUCUAGAAUACUCAAAAUAAUUCCCAAUAAUACCUAACUCUGCAGUAGCUAAUGAACUAAGUCUGUUGAGAAAAAUGCAAUACUAACUCCUUAUUGUGUAGUCUGACGUAAAAAUUUUUUAAGCAUAAGCUGUUUGAUUGUAAGGCGUAUUUACGUACGUACUCUAUUUUUAGAUUGUAUCUUACUCUAAAUAAAUUUGAACCUAAUAAAUGAAGCUUUCUGUAAGAA